CCGGCCCACGCGUCUCCACCCUUUUCCACUCCCGCGAUGGGCCGAUGGCGUCUAGGCCAAAUUCCCGCCCCCGCACGGAAAGCACUGCCCUGAAAAACUCUUCUGCCGCCGGACACGAAUCGAUCGCCGGCUAUGGAGCACCACUACAAGGUGUUGGGACUGAGCCGGAACGCCACCAAAGAAGAAAUCAAAGAAGCCUUCCGGAAGGCGGCGAUUAAGUUCCACCCUGACAAGCACUCUGGAGCCCCCGAUUCCGUCAGGGAAGCCGCGAUCGUCCGGUUCAAACAGGCUUCCGAGGCCUACGAGUUCCUCAUGGACGAUUCCAAGCGCGGCUUCUACAAUGGAGGAAGAAGAGGCGGCUUCAAUUCAGCCGCUUAUGGUGCUUAUAGUGGUUAUAAUGCGAACCCUAACAGCGGCUAUAGUUAUUACGGAUACAAUAACAGAAGCAGAGGAAGAGCUGCCUAUGGUUACGGCGGCUUCAUGUCAAAGCUUGAAAUCGCUCUCCGCUUCCUCACAACCCGUUCGUUUCUUCUCCACGUCGCCUUCGCUGGUGCUUUAUUAGGUGGAGGGGUUAUCAUUGAAAGGAGCGGGGGUGCCUUAUGGAAGAUGCAGAAUCCUGGGAAAUCAUUUGAAGAUGCUAUGGAAACCGUGAAAAAGUCCAAGACAGCCAAAGAUAAGAUGUGAAAAGGCCCGAAAUAUCUAUGAAUGCAGGAUCGAUGCCCUUUUAUGCUCGAUCCAAGUUGUUUCUGUGGCUGCAGCAGUUACCUUUUCAUAAUCAGUUGGGCAGUCGGGAAAUGGCAUCUGUUCAAGGGAAUAUUUUCAACUAGCAUUAGAUGAUUACCCAAUCAAGAUGAAAACCGAAGACAUAGCUAAAGAUAUUUUAUAUAUAUGUAUGUAUGUAUGUAUGUAUGUAUGUAUGUAUGUAUGUAUAGUUCUUGAUGAGUGGAGAAGAGAUUUGUUGUAUGAAUUUA